ACCUCGAUUAGAACGCGAAGAUAGAUAAAAGUUUUCAAAGUGUGUAAUUCAAUAAAAAUUAAUAACAUGUAUCUCAGAUAAACUCACCUAUACAUAAUUUAAUCAGACUUAUUUACUCUGCUUCCAAACUGUGAGAAGGAUUUGUUAUGGCUCCAGUUCCAUAUAAACAAAAUGGCGUCCAAUGCUCGCUUGAAAUCUUCAUCAUGUUCAUUGUAGCGUGAAAUGCGGAUUAAUAUAUUCAAGUUCGAUUUCAUAAGCAUUUAGUUUCAGCAAUACUUAGUGAAUUCGUCGGAUGUAUAACUGCUUCAAUGACAAAAAAACGUUUUGCUACACACUGUAUUGCAUAGAAGUGAAACACGCUUUCCUAUUAAAUGCAGUACUAUUUUAACGCAUAUCCAUAUAGGGAAGUUUCGAUCUAAAACGUACAUGUACCUCGGAGGUUUCAGUAUUGAAUUUCAUUGGUUAACGGAGGUCAAACCCCGCCCAAAACAUGUACAAUUUGCUUGCCGGCAUGCACGCGCUUUAAAUGAACAAUGUAUGACAAGCUUUUCUGGUUAUCAUUUUCAUGGUUCAGUGGUGCCCAUUUUUUAAUACCUAUCUCUCCGGCAAAAAAGAAGUAGUCCCUUGCAUACACGUACAAACCCGUUCAAGCUCAUGUAAAUAACUGUCAAUAUAAAAUGGUGGUUUGUAUCCAAACAAAUUGAAUUUCAAAUGUUGAUUGCAGAUAGCAAUACAAUAUUUCACACUGUAAAUGCCUAGAAGCACAAAGAACAUUUUAGCUAGGGCAGAGACAAUAAAAACAUAUGAAAAUAACUUUCUAACUUGUUACUUUCAGCGAAGGAAUGGACUUUGGGAAAAUCAGAUGACCUACCCGUGUUUAUAACCGGUGCAUCUUCAAAUCAUUUUCAAGAGAUGAUUAAAAUGUUGCACAACUUUAACGAUCUACGACAACGCUUGAAUAGAAACUGGAUGCUUUAUUUCUUUAAUUUAGGUCUAUCUGUCAAGGAGGUGGAAGAGGUGCGAAAGAUGUGCAACUGUACAGUAAAAAGGUUAGACUUCAAUCGAUAUCCCGUACACGUUAAGGAUUUACACGGAUAUGCAUUCAAACCGUUAGCCAUUGAGAUAAUCGCUAGGAUGCACACAUUUGUUGUUUGGAUGGAUGCUUCUGUCAGAUUCAAACAAUCCGAUUUAAACAUACUUCUUGGCCAAGGGAGAAAGGCAGGCGUGUUCGUCACUCAAGGAGGCGGCUCUGUUGCUCGACGAACGUUACCAUCGACGUUUCAGUACUUUAACACGUAUCCAUGUCGGUUUCGAACUUUGCCAGAAUUACAGGGUGGAUUUCUUAUAUUUUACAUGAAUCCGUAUAUUGUCCAUCGCAUUUUUUGGCCUUGGGUACGAUGCGCCCUCGAAUUUGGCUGCAUGGUGCCGGAUUUGAAUCCAGAAAAGUAUUUAGCAUGUAACAAAUAUGGAAAUGUGUUUGGUGAGUGCCAUCGAUUCGACCAAUCAGUACUUAGCAUUUUGCUUUAUACGGUUUAUGGCAAACAUAUAAGUGAGCAUACAAUGCACUACAGUGAAAACAUGUAUAUGUCUUUUCAUUAAUGUUAAAUGUAAUUCAUAUCAGUUCUCAUUUCAAGCAUCCAGAAUCCAGAAGUUUAAGCUGGACGUUAAAAAGCAACAUCAUCUAUUGAGAAUACAAACGCAAAUAUAGUUAGACUAAGAGGUGAUAUUCUUAGCAGCAAUAUCACGAAUAAAAAGAGAAUCUUAGAGUAUUAGCUACAAUGGUUCCUGUUGCGACAAAUUGUAUUAAUACAGCCAUUCACUGUUCUAUUUAUUUUUGUUUUGAUGAAAUAAUAUAUUGUUUAAUACAUUUUGGACGAACAAACUACAUCGAAAUAUUGAAUAUUUCCUUUUUUUCUUUUCUUAUACACAAUUGUUUAAGACAAUAUAUAGUCUUUUACAAUGUGUAUCCGCUACUAGCAAAAUAAGCUUAACAUCCUUUUAAUAACAUCGCAAAAAAUCAAAUAUGUACUAAAAGGUUACAAAUAGAAUGCAUGAACCACUCUGUUUUAUAAUGAAAUAAAAUAGCCUUACAAAACAUUUGACGAGCAUACAGACAAGCCAACUUUGACCUCCAUCGGCGUACUAAUUAUAAACGCCGAAAUUGUGUUACUAACCUUGUAGACAUU